ACUGUCAUAGUCCUCUAUCAUUAUCAUUUCACAGUCUGGACGUUGCUAGUCAGGUACACACACGAACUUUUUUCAGUAAUUUUUCAUCUCGAUUUUUUGUGAACCAAAACUUUCUGAUUCAUCGCAAAGUACGCUAAAGCAACUGUAGAAAAUGUCCGACUCGGAGAAGCCCCAGCAAGCGUUGAAUGAGCCUGUGGUAGCAGUGAAGCCAGUAAUGGACGAAGGCCUAGUGGUGGAUAAUGGACCAGUGCAGGAUGUGGAUGAGAAGCCGGUAGCAUCCAAGCAGAAGAAGCCGAAGCCAAACAACAAAAAGUUGCGACUGGCAGCAGCCGAGGCAGCAAGGAAACUGGACAAUGAGCAGGGAUUGGAAAAUGCUCUGCAGGCGCCGCCAGGAAGUGCCGGUGUCGAGAAUGAUGUUCAAAAGGCCAUAGGCAAGUUGGAGGAGGCCAACGAUGGCAAACAGCAAAUCAAUCCACCAAGAGUACCCAUUGCCAAGCUCUUUCCCAAUGGCAACUAUCCCGUAGGCGAAAUUUUGCAGCACCCCUGGCCCAAGGACUGGGCAGCGGAUGACCGCAGUGCCGUCGACCGAUUCACCUCCGAAGAGAAGCGCAGUCUGGAGCGCGAGCAUGCAGAUGUCUAUGGGCAGCUGCGCCGGGCUGCCGAGGCCCAUCGCCAGACUCGCAAGUACAUGCGCCAAUACAUCAAGCCGGACAUGACAUUGUUGCACAUCUGUGAGACUCUGGAGAAGAUUGCCCGCCGCCUUAUUGGCGACAAGGGCCUGGAAUCCGGGCUGGCCUUUCCCACCGGUUGCUCGCUGAAUCGGUGCGCCGCCCACUACACACCCAACCCCGGGGACCAGACAGUGCUUGGCUAUGAUGACGUCUGCAAAAUUGAUUUCGGCACUCAUGUCAAUGGCCACAUCAUCGACUGCGCCUUUACCCUGACUUUCAACAGCAAGUACGACAAGUUGCUGGAGGCAGUACGGGAGGCCACCAAUACGGGCAUUCGUGAAGCGGGCAUCGAUGUGCGCUUCGGCGACAUUGGCGCCGCCAUCCAAGAGGUAAUGGAGUCGUACGAGCUGGAGUUGGACGGCAAGGUCUAUCGAGUUCGCUGCAUUCGCAACUUAAAUGGACACUCCAUAGGCCAGUACGAUAUACAUGCGGGCAAGAUUGUUCCCCUGAUAAGAACCAGUGAUACCAGACGCAUGGAGGAGAACGAGUUUUAUGCCAUUGAGACCUUCGGCUCGACUGGACGCGGAAUGGUGCACGAUGACAUGGAGUGCUCCCACUACAUGAAGGUUUGGAGCUAUCGCUAUCCCUAUACACCUCUACGCCUGCAGUCCUCUAAGAAGCUGCUUGGCGUCGUCAGCAAGCACUUUGGAACCAUGGCGUUCUGCAAACGUUGGCUGGAGCGCGCCGGCGCCACCAAGUACCAGAUGGCCCUGAAAGAUCUGUGCGACAAGGGUGUCGUGAAGGCCUACCCCCCAUUGUGCGAUAUCAAGGGCUCCUACACUGCGCAAUACGAGCACACCAUUAUGCUUCGUCCCACCUGCAAGGAGGUGGUUUCUCGCGGCGACGACUACUAGUUACUUAAAAGGGAAAGUUAGAACUAUCGUUAUGUUGGAGGAAUUCGGCAUAACAAGAUGGGACUCCAAUACCACGAUAAUCAUCAUCUACAAGUAUAUCCAUGUAUCUAACUAAAGCCAUGCCAUAUACAUUCAUCAUUAUGUCAGGAAGAAGGAAAUUAUAAAUAUUUUUGUGCCCAUGGGAGGUGGUCCUUUGCAGCAGUAAGAGCGAUAUUAAAUUAAAUCAUCAACUAAAUGUUAAACCAAAUCAGAUCAAGUCCAUUUCAUUAAUAUACCAUUUCACUAAAUAUUUAGUGUUAAGACUUG